ACAUGGACCGACAGUAUCAACCAGGCCAACAAGAGGGCUCUGCUUGCUUGGGCAAAAGAAUCGGGCAUCGACCUGGUGCAGAUCAACGGGCAGAGGCGAUAUGGUGGCCCUCCCCCAGGCUGGGUGGGCGACCCUCCGCCGGCUGGCCCAGAGGGGUUCAUGCCACAGGAUGUCUACGAGAACGUGUUGAUCCCGCUCUGCCAGAGCGUGGGAAAGCUCUAUGAGUUUCGCCUCAUGAUGACUUUCAGUGGCCUCAACCGGGGUUUCGCCUAUGCCAAGUACAGCAACCGGCGCAGUGCCAAGGACGCCAUCGCUGCCUUCAACAACUUCGAGGUGCGACGGGGCUGCGCCAUCGUGGUGUGCAAGAGCACGGAAAAGUGCGAGCUGAGCGUGGAUGGCCUGGCCACCUCGAUGAGGCGAUGGGAGCUGGAGGCCAUGCUGCGGCGAGUCACGGAGGGGGUCCUCAGUGUCACCCUGUAUGCCAGCCCCCGUCAGAAACGGGCCCAGCUCGCUGUGCUGAAGUACAACUCGCACCAGGCUGCUGCCAUGGCCAAGAAAAUCCUGAUGGAAGGGAACGUGAGACUGGGUGGGUUGGAGAUAAGGGUGGACUGGCUGAAGCCCGAUCUGAAACAGAAGCUGCAGUCGUACGAGAAGCCAUCACCCAGCCACAUGCAAGAGGACAAGUGCCUGGGGCUCCCUAAGCAGCCGCCCCUAUCUCCGGUGCUGCAUGAUAUUCUGGACCACCUGAACACCCUUUGUCGGAGGCGGCACCUGGGGACCCCCCUGUUUGUCACCAGGUGCAUCCAAGCAAACCCCAACGGGUGGCUGCGGUUCUGGUGCCGGGUGGUGAUCCCUGGGUGCCCUGUGCCGUUCAGCGGCUUCACGUGGGUCCGGCCAGCCGGACUAGGCAGGAGCGGGCACGAGGAGGCGAAGGUCGUGCUGGCGCUGCAGGUUCUCCGGAUGCUGGGUGAGUCCUCGCACGGCGUCGGUGCUGAAUCUCCCCCCCGCCUCUCCAGCCUUUCCCAAAAUCUUUGA